AUGGAGCUUCCAAGCCAGUUGAAGAAGAGUAACACAUGCAUAAUAAUGAAUAAAAGCAAUGAUCAAACAGAUACAGCUAAUGUAGAUAAGAAAGGAAAACCAUCCAUAAAUAUAGGAGCAGAACAAGUGGCAACGGUUUUUGAAAUACUAUUACAAGAUACAACUCCUAAAUUAUCUGACUUUAAUAAAAUAAAUCUUAAGAAAGUAAAAUUGGAAAUUUCCAAAUUAGACAGCCAUAUGCUAACACAGUUUUGUAGCAUGAGUGAAUUUAGCAGAAAUUGUGAAUCAUUAUUAGAAGAAAUAUUGGACUCUGACUUGAUUAUUGAGUUUGGAAAGAAAUUUUCUUCAAAUGAGAGGGGGAAAAAUACAGAAAACAUUUUAAUAGAAAGCUUAAUGAGUGUGGUUGAUACUAUUGGGAUAUUUUUACAUUUUGAAUUAGUUCUUUUUAACGAAAUAAGAUUUAGUAAAGAAAUAAGAAUUCUUUCAAAUAUUAUAAGAAGUGUAUUACCGACUAUACUUUCGGAGAACAUUAAGAAUAAUCGUUUGGAAAUUUUCAAUGCAUCUUUUAUUGUUUGUUUGGAAACAAUUAAUGAAAUUGUGAGAACUAGAAGUGUUCAUGAGCUAUUUUCAACACAAAUAAUUCUUGGUUUACUUUCUAUUUUUUUGACAGAAGAUUCAAAUACGAUGAUAAUAUUGUUGGCAGUGGAAAUAAUUGUUUAUUUAUUCGUUUCUGGAUCAUUGAAUUCGAAUGAAUUUUUGGAAAAUUCAUUGAAUUCAAUUUUUAACGUGAUGGAAGAAUUACCUCGAACUAACAAAGCAAUUAAGAAAGCGAGAUUAUGCAUUGAUAUGGACUCAAAUAUGCAUAUUUAUGUCUAUUUAUUGCUAAGACUAGUACAAAGCAUUUGUAUUCCAAAUGGAAUAGUUUUAAAUGACAGUAUUUCUUCAAUAAAAAGUGUUUCAAUAAAACACUACAAUUUGGCAAAGUACAUAUGUAGCCAAUUCGCAACAUUUUUUAUUAAUAAUAUUAUUUUACACAGAACAAAAAGAAAAGAGAGUAAUCUUUCAACAACAAAUGAUAUUGCGACAGUUAUUCUCACAGAUUUGCUCAAGGCAUCGCUCAGUCCAAAAUAUAAUGUAUGUUCGACUAUUACCCAGACGAUUAUAGUUCAGUUGAUUAAGAUUUCAAAUAGCUCAUUAAUUAACGAAGGCGGCCAAAAAUCACAAUCAAUACAUAUAGAUUUAUAUUCAAAAGAGCUUUGUAUACAUCUACUUGGUAUUUCUCUUUCAAUAAUUUACAAAAGUGUUAAUAUCCAACUUACGUGUAUAGAUUCAUCUAGAAAAAACAUUGAGGAGGGGAUAUCUGAAAAAAAAGAGCAGAAUGAAAGAAACGAUGGAAUAAAUGAAGCGAUAGUUGAUUGUAUAUGCGGUAAUUCGUACAAAAUAGAUACACAUGAAUUACUCAGAUGUGAAAAUUGUGGUAGAAACUUCCAUCUGGAUUGCAUCCGAAAUGGCACAUAUUUGGAAAUAUAUGAACAAUGGAAAUGCGAUAAUUGCACCAUCAAUAUAAUAUUUAAUGAGAUAAAUACAAAUCUUGGGAUUAAUGGAGAAGAAAUAUUGCAAAAAGACUCAGAAUUAUGUGUAGUAUUACUGAUAGUACUCGACUAUCUGUAUAGGAAGACUGCGAUGACAGUGUCUCAAACUUUUAAUGAGUCAAUUUCCCUAGACAUGCCAAGGUUGGUUACCGACUCUGAGAGCUCAGCUGUCUGCUCAUUCAUUUUGGAAAUUAUUGCAAAACUAAAGCUUGGAAAUAAUAAUAAACAGAAAAAUGACAAAGAAAAAUCUCAAAAUAAAACAAAUAAUGUGGACAAAAACUUACCUCAAUUAAAUGAAAAAAUAGGAAAAUUAUAUACCAUGUUAUUAACUGAAUGGGUUUCGCCAAUUACAAAGGUACACUCAUCAUUGAUAGCUUAUUCUUCAAAAUUUCCAAAACUACUGGAAGCAAAUACAAUAAGAUUUUGGAACGGAAUACUUGCUAAGGAGUUGAAGAAUGUGGCAAAUAUUAUGUUACAUUGCUUACUAUCGAAUAUUUAUAAUUCAAAGAUUACUUUAAUAAGAAGAAUAUCUUUGAAUUCACUAGGCCAAGUAAUUUCAGUGAAACCAAACCUUUUGAUCACUAAUGAAACAGUUUUAAAUGCAAUCAUAUUAUCUCUAAAGGAUAAAACUCCAAAAAUUAGAGAGAGAGCCUUGGCAAUAAUUGAAAAGUACUUUUCCGAUAUUUCAUUCAAUGAAUAUUGUGAUUGUAUAAAAAAUGGAGAAAAUUUAGGGAAUAACUUUACUAGAGUAAAAAAAUUGCUGUUAGAACAAAUUUUCAGAACAGCAUAUGAUAUAUCCCCUUUAGUUAGGAUGGCUUCAAUAAAGAUUCUCAAAAAUUUAUAUCACCAAGACCCAUCUAAAUUGAAUAUUGGGAUCAUAUUAUUAAAAAGAGCAUCUGCAGUUGAAGAAACGCAAACAAUUAGAAGGCUGAUUUUUGAUUCAUUUACUUCUAUAUGGUUUCACAAUUCAAGUAAGGUAAAUGUUCAUAUGGCAGAAUGCCUGGUUAAACUAAUAAACUAUUCAGAAAGUAAUGAAUUUUUACAAUACAUUAACCAUGAACAAAAAGACUCUAACUGUUUAAUGAAAGGUGUAAUAUCUAUUUUACAAGAAAGUCAAUCGAUUAAAAGUUUCGAAGGCUUAAUUACCAGAUGGUCUAAUAUACUUGUUGAUAUGUUUAUUCAAUGCGAUAACAUAGAUCCAAUUGAACAGGAAAAGAUGGUUUCUGGUGAAAAUGGGUUAAAAAGUGAACGGUCAAAUGAUGAAGAUGCACUGAAAAACAACUUAUCCAGGGAGUUUUCGGAAAAAAAACUACAAAUAUUAAAAACAGCUGAAGUUAUUGGCAAAGUUUAUCCGAAAUCAAUAAAAGAUAUGUAUUUAUAUAUUGUUGUGUAUCUAAAAGAUUUUCGUCAAUUCAAAUCUGAGGUAAUGAUCCAUAUAUGUACAGUAUUAUCAUAUAUUUUACCUCAUGUGGAAGACUUGGAAACUGAAAGUAUUGAGUUCGAUUUGUUGAAAAUAACAACCAAUUCAAGGUCACCACAGCUAAUUAGAUCAUCUAUAUUAUGCUUGUGUAAUUUACUUAUGAAAGGUGAAAAGGGUUUUAAUGAAGGCAAUGCUUUAUCUCCUCUAAUACUAGAUAAUAUAAGAAUACUUUGGGAAUAUAAACACAAAAUUUUAAAUACAGAAUUCAACAUAGAUCUUAAAGAAGUUGAUCAAGUAAGAAGAAGUGCAUGGCUUCUAGGAUGCAUAUUUGAAUUUAGUUCUCCAAAUAUGGUAUUGGCAAUUGUGGAUAAUAAAAUAGAAAGAGCAAAGGUGAUACAAACAGAGUUUGGAAUUUCAUGGACUGUUGAAUCAUUAUCAGGGGAAAAAAUGCCAAAAAGCGAAUUUGGUGAAGAUUUGGGGCACGAGUAUACAAUUGUUGAAUCGAGUAGUGUUGUUUUUGACUUGCUUUGCGAUUUGUAUUAUACUCUAGAUUGGAAUUUGAAUAAAGGGGUAUUAUUUCCAACAUUGAUUCAAUUUUUAAUGAAUCAAAAACAGUAUGUUAAAACAGUAAAAUUCAAUAAUCUAAUUAAAUGUGCUAUCAAAGGAGAUAAGUCUUUUGCAAGCGAAGAUACUCAUGUAAAGCAUUAUAUACAAGAUUCAGAAAACACAAACAAUAAUAUCGCUAAUUCCAAUUUAUGCAUUAUUUGUUUGCAAGGAAUUUUAUCUCUCUUAAAAAGUUAUGAAAUACAGGCUUUAAAAGAGAAUAAAAUUGUUCAGGAAAACGAUUUAGAAUCUUCAAAAAAGGGUAAUACGAGCGAGGAUAAAGCAAACCAAUUUCAUGACGAAAUCAAUCAAAGUGAGGAUAUGUUUUUGGGAAACGAAGAUAUUUUUAGCACUCCAAACACAAAUAAACGAACUUCAAUGCAAUCUGAGAAGAAUGAAAUAGGUUCCCCAGUGAGUUAUUCAAGUUACUCCAACAUGGAAAAUAUAUCUUCAAUUAGGACCAGUAUUUUUGGCUCCACAGCACAUAACACAAGUUCAGUUUCUGCAUCACAACCGAUUGCAUCCAAUUUGGAGUUAUUACUAAAUUUAUUUCAAGAAACAACUGGAUUUCAAAAAGGAAGGUUUUCAAGCCAACAAAAACAACUGGUUUCUUCAUUAAUACUUUGUAUUCUUGAGCAAUUAAAUAAGCAAGGCCUGGUUAACCCAACUUCAAUUAUUCCUCAAAUUUCUGGUUUAUUGUUUUCAUCAAACAGAGAAGUUUCUUUCAAGUCUUAUCAAAUUAUAAGUUCUUUAUUUGAGAGAUUUCCAAAUCUUAUUAUCAAUAAAUACAAAGAAAUAUCUGUCUAUGGAUUUGUGUUUUGUACUUCAAAUUUCCCUGGUUUACUUGGAGUGUACCAUUCAAAAAAUGAUACUGAAAAUGUCUCAAGAUCUAUUUUCUCUAACGAAAUAGUUGAAGAGAAAAUCCUAUUAAAGAACAGAUCUGAAGUUUUAGAAACAGUUUUAGAAUUUUUCGCGAAGAUUUAUUCCGAGAAAUGCCGAAAUAAAAGAGUAUUUAGAGAAAGCAUUAUUAGAGGAUGUUGCAGACAGCUUGAGUUAUUAUUGUCGAAUGAUGAAACCGAAAUUCUACUUACAAAAUUUAAGACUCAUUUGAAAUUGGAAAAAAAGGUUUUAUUGGUUUUAUAUGUAGAAUUUAUUUCUUAUAUACUUUUAGCAAUGCCAUUUUUAUAUGAAUCAGAGAUAUUAUUGAUUUUGUUUUUUUUGGGAGAAAUUUGUGUAAAUUGCUCUCGAAGCUUAUCCCAUGAUUCGGAGCAAAUUUUACAAAUUGACUCGGGGCAACAACAUUUUUGCAAUGCGAUUCUUGCAACAGUAUGCACCACAAUACAGUUAAUUCUCAAAGAAGAAUAUAGAAUUUCAGAAAAUCAAAUUUCUAAUUUCAACCCUUAUAAUUCUAUCAAUAAAGAAAAGCCCAAAUUCUCUCAUCAAGACUCCGAAUUAAAUAAUGGCGUUAUCGAAAACUCCACAAAUAUAAUUUCUUUGGGAAGAAGUACGAUUUAUGAAUCUUUGCAGAGCUUGAGAGAGAAGUUACAUACUAUUUGGGAGAUUUCUGAAAGUGAUGAUUCUGAAAAAAAACUAAUCGACUAUGCGAAUGAAAUUAUCUAUUUUUAUACUCAAACAACGUGCGAAAAAGUUUCGAAACCUGUUAAAAGAAAACCGACGAAAAGAAAAUCCACAAAGAGAAAUAGGAAUGGAGAAAAAGAGUAUUCAGAUGCAUCUUCUUCUCAGAGUUGGAGCCCAUCAUCAAGGACAAAUAAAAGUCGCAAGUAA